AUGGCUAUGUUACUCAUCUCUCUUGUUGUUAGUGAUCAUCAUACAAAUUAUCAAAUUAAAAGAAAAGUAUCUAUUAUUUCAAAUCCAUCUCAUUCGCCACACUCACCUUCUCAUUUGAAAAGAUCUUACAAUUACAACUUUGAUCGAGAAAUAAAAAGAAAAGUUCCCAGCGGUCCAAAUGCAGAACAAUCACCGGAAUCACCUCCCACCAUGCAAACGCCUUACGAUUAUAACUUUGUUCGAGAAAUAAAAAGAAAAGUACCUAGCGGUCCAAAUCCAGAACAAACACCAAAUUCACCUCCCACUAUGCAAACGUCUUACAAAUUUGUUCGAGAAAUAAAAAGAAAAGUACCUAGCGGUCCAAAUCCAGAACAAUCACCGAAAUCACCUCCCACCAUGCAAACAUCUUACAACUUUGUUCGAGAAAUAAAAAGAAAAGUUCCUAGCGGUCCAAAUCCAGAACAAUCACCGGAUUCACCUCCCACCAUGCAAACGUCUUACAACUUUGUUCGAGAAAUAAAAAGAAAAGUUCCCAGCGGUCCAAAUCCAGAACAAUCACCGGAAUCACCUCCCACCAAGAAAACGUCUUACAACUUUGUUCGAGAAAUAAAAAGAAAAGUUCCCAGCGGUCCAAAUCCAGAACAAUCACCGGAUUCACCUCCCACCAUGCAAAUGUCUUACAACUUUGUUCGAGAAAUAAAAAGAAAAGUUCCUAGCGGUCCAAAUCCAGAACAAUCACCGGAUUCACCUCCCACCAUGCAAACGUCUUACAACUUUGUUCGAGAAAUAAAAAGAAAAGUUCCCAACGGUCCAAAUCCAGAACAAUCACCGGAAUCACCUCCCACCAAGAAAACGUCUUACAACUUUGUUCGAGAAAUAAAAAGAAAAGUUCCCAGCGGUCCAAAUCCAGAACAAUCACCGGAUUCACCUCCCAUCAUGCAAAUGUCUCACAACUUUGUUCGAGAAAUAAAAAGAAAAGUUCCUAGCGGUCCAAAUCCAGAACAAUCACCGGAUUCACCUCCCACCAUGCAAACGUCUUACAACUUUGUUCGAGAAAUAAAAAGAAAAGUUCCCAGCGGUCCAAAUCCAGAACAAUCACCGGAAUCACCUCCCACCAAAAAAACGACUUACAACUUUGUUCGAGAAAUAAAAAGAAAAGUUCCCAGCGGUCCAAAUCCAGAACAAUCACCGGAAUCACCUCCCACCAAGAAAACGUCUUACAACUUUGUUCGAGAAAUAAAAAGAAAAGUUCCUAGCGGUCCAAAUCCAGAACAAUCAUCGGAUUCACCUCCCACCAUGCAAACGUCUUACAACUUUGUUCGACAAAUAAAAAGAAAAGUUCCCAGCGGUCCAAAUCCAGAACAAUCACCGGAAUCACCUCUCACCAUGCAAACGUCUUACAACUUUGUUGGAGAAAUUAAAAGAAAAGUUCCAAGCGGUCCAAAUCCAGAACAAUCACCUGAUUCGCCUCCCAACAUACAAACGUCUUACAACUUUGUUCGAGAAAUAAAAAGAAAAGUUCCCUCCGGUCCAAAUCCAGCUCAAUCACCUGAUUCGCCUCCUAUCAUAUAA